UUAACCGCCCCCCUGGACUGGCUUUAUGGUUUAGUCCGGUUGCCUGGGAGACGGAUAGUAACACCAGUGGUAAACCAGAUGCGGGAGGCUAUGGCCACGUUAGCCCGGCUGCAGGCUCGGUCGAAAGCUGUGGGACAGCAGUACUACUUUAGGAACAGUGUUGUGGAUGUAUUUAGGAAAAAGGAGAAUGAUGCAGCUGUUAAAAUCCAGAACUGGUUUCGAGGAUGUCGAGUUCGGGCAUAUAUCAGGCAUUUACACAGAGCAGCAAUAAUUGUUCAAAAAUGGUGGAGAAGUUACUUAAGCAGGCAACAUUAUCAACUAGUUGUGAAGUUAGCAUAUUAUACUAUGAAGAUGAAUCUCUACAAUGAAAUGGCUGUCAGGAUUCAGAGGCGAUGGCGAGGCUAUAAGAUUCGGAAAUACUGCUUUGAUUAUUUUUAUUUGAAGGAGUACCUGAGAGCUGUUACAGAGACCAAUGAUGCGAUUAGGGAUGCGCUGGAGGAGUUUGCAGAGAUGAAAGAGAGAGAAGAGAAGAAGGCCGCCCUGGAAAGGGAAGAGAAGAAAAGAGAUUACCAAGCCCGAAAGAUGCAUUACCUCCUCAGCACAAAGCAGAUUCCAGGUAUAUACAAUUCACCGUUCAGAAAAGAUCCUGAUCCGUGGGAGUUGCGGUUACAGAAGGCAAAGCCUUUAACACACCAGAGACCUAGAGUUAAGCAGAAGCAUUCCAUCAGCCUGACCAGCUGGCUGGCUUGUACGAGCAACCGUUCCUUUCCUCGGUCUGAAAUUCUGCCACCCAUUAAUAGGAAACAAUGUCAGGGGCCCUUCCGUGAUAUCGCUGAAGUGUUGGAACAGCGCUACAAGCCUUUGGAGCCAACGUUGCGGGAGGCAGAACCAAUCAAUGAGUUAAAGGAGGCCAGAGAGGACCUCAGGAGACAGGAGUGGAUACGAAAUGUAAAUGACAACAUGUUUUUGCCAUUUUCUUCCUACCAUAAAAAUGAAAAAUACGUCCCAUCAAUGCAUUCUUCAAGCAAGUAUGGUCCCAAUUCUUAUGGAUGUCAGCGUUUCAGAGAUGAAAAUCCCAAGAAAUGGAUCUGUCCCAAGGAUUUCCAAACCGUAUUACCAUCAUUUGAUCUCUUCUCAAAGUAUGGAAAAUUAUAUUCAAAAGCUGGACAAAUUGUAUAAAG